UCGUCUUACGUGCUGUUGCUAAGAUACAGAGAGCUACACUGAAGCUCGGGAUCAAACACAUUGUAGCAGUUUUUUGACAUAGUGUGGUGAUAAAUGGAUUAGGCUGCAGUCAGGAUGACUUCAGAGUCCUACACCGCUGACGCAGGGCGGAGCUAUCCUGUAAAUUGUUUCCCUGCCGGGACUUCACACCACAGAAGACGAGACGGUGCUGGGCACUGGCUUGCAGCUUACAGGGAGGCAGAGGAGCAAAAAUACAGGCAUCAACGUAGGAGAACAAAAGCAGCUUAUAAAAAAUGUGAGAGCGAGCUGGCUGAUACUUCUCAUGGAGUCACAUUAGACAGAGCUUUCCUGCUCCAGUUGCAUCAUGUUGACAGACCCUCUGAGCUCUGUUCUCUGGACAUCAGCGAGCAGAAACUAAGCUCUGUCAAACCAGAAGAACUCGAGGUGUUUGAUAACGUGGCUUACAUCAACGCAUCUAUUAACUCCCUCUCUCUAGGAUCUUUCAGUAGUUUUGUGUCUCUAAGAGAACUCAACCUGUCAUUAAAUGAGGUUAGCGACUUGAUGUUUGAUGCUGCUGCCUUCCCUCUUCUCGAGGUUCUGGAUUUGUCCUACAACUGCUUAUCACCUGAUGCUAUUGUUUCUCUCGGUUGGCUCACACGUCUUAAGGUCCUUCAUCUAACUGCAAAUCAGCUUCAGCGUCUCCCUCCUAAUCUGGGCUCCUCACACCAAGACCCCACUCAGCUGCCGGCUAAAGAUGAAGACACAUGCUUUCAAGCUCUAGAAGUCCUGAUGCUUGAUGAUAAUGAACUGACCUCUGGAGUCUUCAGCAGCCUUAAAAACCUAACGAGGCUAAAGCAUUUAAGCCUACAGGGGAACUGCAUUUCUGAAAUACCGUUCAUGCAACUGGUGGGUUUUUCCAAACCUGUGCAGACUGCCACUGAAGAAGAGGAGGAAGAGGCACUCGCUCACUCGGAGCCUUCCGAUCAGUAUUUGACAAGAAUCUCAGAGAUCUUUCGCAAACACAACUGGGAGCAGAACCGCAAAGAAUCCAGUUUACCUCUUCCAGCGCUGCAGUACCUCAACCUAGCUGACAACAAGGUUGCUAAGGAGGAAGCACUGAUGGCUGCCACUCUUUUCCCGAUGCUUCGUGAAAUUGAUAUUCAGUUCAACCCCAUAACCACGCGGAGGAGAGGAGACCCUCCCUUGCUAACCUACAUGCAGGAGAGACUUGGAAUAACAAUAAAGCAGAAGAAAACACCGGAGGUUGUGAAGCGCCCGCUGAAAGUGUCCACUGAACCAAAAUGGAAGGUGGAUGAAAAAAUACCAAAGGUGUCAAAGAAGCUAAUACUGCUGAAUCCACAAAGCCAGGCUGGCAAAAAUGAAGGCAAAAACAGCAGAAACCACACCUUCCAUGAAAAAAGAAAACCCUUCUUUCUUACUCAGGCAGCAGAUGGACCUGAGUUUGAAUUUGGUCUUCUUCCUGAAGACAAAGAAACUGCAGACAGCAAGGAGAGAAAGCAGUUUGAUUUCUUGAUGGAUGUCGAACCGAACCCUCGUGUGCUCAAGCUCAAUGGAAUUCAAACAGCUGUUCGGAUGCUGGAGCACACACUGAAGAAUCUCCAUGUUUACAGGGACUCGAAACCAAAGCUCGACAGCAUCCAGACGCCGUACAGGGAGCGAGAGAAAAGGAUUAAGGAGCUGCCACCUCUGAAACCUGUGAAGCAGCUGACUGAAAGGGUAGAGGACAUGAUCAAAGAAAUCAGAGAGAGUAAAACAGUAAAAGUGGUCCCUUUAGCCACUGCCCUACACAGCAGCGGUGUCAGUAAGCAAGAAUAUAAGGAAGCUCUCUCGCUGAUGAGGGACAUGAAAAGAACAUAUAAGAUGGUCCACGUGAAAACAAUGGAGCAAGAAGCCGCCAUCAAGUCUGACAGAGACUCUGACCAAAUCUGAGUUGAAUCUCCAUCUGUUUAAAAGUCACAUCCAAAUAAUUAGCCGAGCAGAUUUUCUUUGGCUUGAAAUGUUUUCUUUGUAUUACUGUGAGUAGAAAUAAGUAAAUCGAGCAAUGUUUUGCUCAACUAUCAGCUCUAGAGUUGAAGUGCAGAGUUCACAAAGCUCAAGCAGAUGCAAGGGUGUCUAAUUGUAACUAAAAGAGUGUGCCACUGUCUGCUCCCCGUAAGCCUGACAGUUCUGAGCAGCUGUGCCGCCACGGCUGUGACCAGAAUCCAUCCAGGAUGAAUGCAUUGUAUUCAUUAGGAGUUUGUCAGUAGAGCUCAUUGCAAAAACAGAAAGUAGAGAG